CACUUGAUCGAUUUCAUGUCAGAGAUUCUUAAACAGAAAGACACUGAACUGACCAACUUUAAAGUGGCUGCAGGCACUCUGGAUGCGAGCACCAAGAUCUAUGCUGUGCGUGUGGAUGCUGUCCAUGCUGAUGUGUACAGAGUUCUUGGGGGACUGGGCAAGGAUGCACCAUCUCCAGAAGAGGCAGAAAGCCAUGAUGCAGAUGGAAGUGCGACUGAAAUGGGAACAACUAAAAAGGCUCCAAAGCCCAAGAAGAAGCACUCACACAAAACCAUCGAGCAGAACAUAAGCAACCUUAAUGUCUCUGAGGCAGAUCGGAAGUGUGAGAUUGAUCCCCUAUUUCAGAAGACAGCAGCCUCUUUUGACGAGUGCAGCACAGCAGGGGUGUUCCUCUCUACCCUCCACUGUCAUGACUAUAGAAGCGAACUGCUUUUCCCUUCUGAUGUCCAGACCCUCUCCAGUGGAGGACCUCCUGAAAUGCCGGAUUUAGGUUGUGUAGAAAUGACAGAUUUAAAAGCACCCCUGCAGCAGUGUGCGGAAGACCGCCAGAUCUGCCCUUCCCUGGCCGGGUUCCAGUUCACUAAAUGGGACAGCGAAACACACAAUGAGUCUGUGUCGGCCCUGGUGGACAAGUUCAAGAAGAAUGAUCAGGUAUUUGACAUCAACGCUGAGAGAGAAGACAGCGAUGGUGGGGACUUCCCCAGUGGGCCUAUGGAGGAUGAUUUUGAUGCCAACGACGAACUGGACCACACGGCCUGUGGGGAUCAUGCAGACUUCAGGAGCUGGAGGGAGCCCUGCCACAGUCAGAGCUGCCAGGAAGAAAUGAUUCCCCUCGGGGAUGGAGACAUUAGUACCAUGUGCCCUCUUCUAUCCAUGAAACCUGGAGAAUAUUCCUAUUUUAGUCCCCGCACCAUGUCGAUGUGGGCUGGGCCAGAGCACUGGCGCUUCAGACCCCGGCUCAAACAAGAUGCUGCCUUGAAAUCAGAAAACAAAAAGAAGAACACAAAGAAAGAAUUUGAAAUUGACUUUGACGAUGACAUUGACUUUGAUGUGUAUUUUGGAAAAGCAAAGGCUGCUACUAUUCUGACCAAGUCCACUUUGGAGAGCCAGACCUGGAGAGCCACCACUCUUCCUACAGAUUUCCACUAUGAGACUGAUAAUCUGGUUCAGCUGCACCUCAAACCAGGCACCAAGAUCCUUACAAUAGCCCGUGGUCAGAGGGCAGAGACUGAACAUUAUGAAGAAAUUGGAGACUAUGAUUAUAAUAACCCUAACGACACAUCUAACUUCUGCCCUGGAUUACAGGCUGUUGACAGUGAUUACGAAGAGUCAGGUGACUUACUUGAAGGACCGUUCGGGACCUCUGACUUCUCAGCUUAUCCUUGCCAUUCACCUAAGACACAAGAGAACGAUGACUCGCCUGACGCCCAUGAAUCAGACAUCACUCGUUACGGGGAGUCAAACCUGGUAGCUGAGCCUCAGAAGGUAAAUAAAAUUGAAAUUCAUUAUGCCAAGACUGCCAAAAAGAUGGACAUGAAGAAGUUGAAGCAGAGCAUGUGGAGUUUGCUGACAGACUCCUCCAUUCAAGUGGAUGUGGAGGCUAACCGCCACAGUGAGACUGGACCAAAAGGAGAUCUGGUGGACGUGGCUGAUGGGAAGAUGCUGAGUGAGCUCACCCGGGACCUUCAGAAGAGCCUGCCACCCCUCAUGGCUCAGAACCUCUCUGUACCCCUGGCGUUUGCCUGUCUCCUGCAUUUAGCCAAUGAAAAGAACCUAAAGCUGGAAGGAACUGAGGAUCUUUCUGAUGUUCUUGUGAAGCAAGGGGCUUGAGUUCACCAGGAGAAGUC